AAGACACAACGAUAUCAACAAGCGACGAGAUCGACAUCGAAAUGAAUAGCGAAACGAGUGACACUCAUCAACAAAUGAGGAAGAGAAGUAAAGCACGAAAGAGGCGAUUGGAUGAUAGAUCUGACAAUUCCGAUGAUGACAGCGCAAGCGGUUCCAAUAGCGAUUCGGACAGUUCUCCGGAGAUCUAUCGAAUCCGACCGACUAGAUCUGGUAGACAGCCGAAGAAGGUGAAAAAGCUGCAAGCGCCCGAUGUCAAUAAACUUAAUACGCCUAAUGUUAAUGCGAUACCUGACAGUAGUAUCGAGAAUAAAUCGUCAGUAAUUGAUGACGAGAAUGUGAUAUCGUCACAUGUGGCCGUGGAAGUUACAGAGGUUGUAAAUAGUUCAACCGAGAACGGUGAAAGCGCGGAAACAUCGUCUUCUGAAAAUAUUACGAACGUAAUACCAAAUAUAAGUCAAAUGGAACCGGGAUCUUUGGUAAUCGUAUCGAAGGAGUCUGCAGAGGAACCUGGAAACACUAUUCUGCAGGUUUAUAUGGUUAGCUCGAACGUUGAUAAUGUUAACGUGGCGACUGAACUUAGCGAAUCUACGGCGGAUCAGCAGAAUCUAUCGGACUCUUUAACAACGGUAACUAAUAAGCCGGAAACUGCUGAAUCGACUAAACCUGACAAUGAUGAAAAUUUCGAAAAAUGAUCUUUUGCAUUUGUACUUAGCUAUACAAUUCAAUUUUAGAUAGCAUUACACAAAUGAUACGUAUCUUCGAUUUGUCGGGAUUGAAUAUUAAUUUAUAUAUAGACUAGAAGAGUAUAAAAAAGACUGCAAAAGAAGAAUGCAAGAGAAGAUACAUUUCUAAUUUUGUUAUUUAUAUGUCUGUAAAGUUUUGUGUUUUUAAUUAAUUAUAAAUAAUAUUAAUUAUAUAUAAUAGCGAGGAUUUCUUUUUACUAUAUUGCUUAUUAUGUAGGAUAUUUUCUAUCUGGGGAUAAAUUCAUUUCUUCCGACAAAUUGAAGACGAUUUAUUGUGAUAAGAAUUGCGCAAUAUACGGAUGCACAUUUAUUCCUAUGUAACAUUAAUUUUUUUUAUCAGAAAAAGUUUAAUUUCAUAUGUAUAAAACUAUUCAAUUAGUAGUAGAACAUAUUAUGUUAUGAAUUAUCAGCAUUACGCGCGUAACACGAUAGUAAAGAUAGUGCGAGCUCUCCCAUAUAAUUCUUGCUUGUAUUGUAAUCUUGUUUGUUUUCUGAAUCAACUGUAUGUAAAGUGACCUUAUCCAGUGUGGUUUUUCCACUACUCAUAUGUGACAUAACCACAGUGGAUUAAGAAAAUCAUUGAGAAAGAAGUACGUUACAUUUUUAUUUCGCAAGUGUAUAUAUAUCAUUAGAACAAGAACAUCGGCUAAAAGGAAACUUUGUAGGAUAAAAUUUGAUCUCGACUUCACAAUACAGGCAGCCACAUAUAUAAAGUUCAUAGAACUAAGUGUAUAUUUCCUUUUACACAGCAUAUGUAUAGGAAACAUUUAUCGAACUAUAUUGAGAAAGAUAACAAACUGCUAUUGUGAAUAAUCUCUUUCAGCCAAUAUUUUGAGCUAGUUCAGUUCUAGUAUAGAGCUCAAUGGUAUUG